AUGGGUAUCACAAUUGUUCUGGGUAGUCAGUGGGGUGAUGAAGGAAAGGGGAAGAUCACGGAUAUGCUUUCGCAGGAGGCUACGCUCUGCUGCCGUGCCGCUGGCGGCCACAAUGCGGGCCAUACCAUCGUUCAUGACAACAUCACCUACGAUUUCCACAUUCUUCCCUCCGGUCUGGUCUCGCCGAAAUGCGUCAACCUGAUCGGUGCCGGAACCGUCGUGCACGUCCCUAGCUUCUUCAAGGAGCUGGCCUCUCUGGAGGGCAAGGGGCUGAAGGGCGCCGGCAAGCGCAUCUUCAUCUCCGACCGCGCUCAUGUCUGCUUCGACCUGCACUCCGUCGUCGAUGGCCUGGAGGAGGCCAGGCUUGGCGGUCGCAAGGUCGGCACCACCGGCAAGGGCAUCGGUCCCUGCUACAGCGACAAGGCUGCUCGUCGCGGUGUCCGUGUCGGUGAGAUCAUGGACGAGGCGGUCUUUGAGCGCAAGCUGCGGACUCUGCACGCCGGAUAUACUGCUCGAUUCGGCGAUCUGGAGUAUGAUGUUGAGGAGGAAAUUGGUCGUUUCAAGGAAUACCGCCAACGCCUGGUGCCAUAUAUUGUUGACCAAUUGGCUUUCUUCAAGCAGUACAAGGAUUCGCCUAACACCCUUGUCGAGGGUGCCAACGCUCUGAUGCUUGACCUGGACCAUGGUACCUAUCCCUACGUGACCUCCUCCUCGACCGGUCUGGGUGGUGCCGUCCAGGCCCUGUCCCUCAACCCUGCCAGCAUCACCUCCAUCAUCGGUGUUGUCAAGGCCUACACCACCCGUGUGGGCUCUGGCCCCUUCCCCAGCGAGCAGCUGAACGAGUACGGUGAUAAGCUGCAGAGUGUCGGUAGGGAAUUUGGUGUCACCACCGGCCGUCGCCGCCGCUGCGGCUGGUUCGAUCUCGUCCUCUGCCGCUACUCCCACGCCAUCAACCAUUACACCGCUCUGAACCUGACCAAGCUGGACGUCCUCGACGACUUCGACGAGAUCAAGGUUGGCGUCGCCUACGUCCUGCCUGACGGCACCCGCCUGACCGACACCUACCCGGCCGACGCCGCCGUCCAGGAGAACGUCAAGGUCGAGUACGUCACCCUGCCCGGCUGGAAGAGCAACACCAUGGGCGUCCAGAAGUACGAGGAUCUCCCCGCCAAUGCUCGCGCCUACAUCGAGUACAUUGAGCGCGAACUGGGCGGUGUCCCUGUAAAAUGGAUCGGCACCGGCCCCGCGAGAGACCACAUGAUCUGUCGGGAGUAA